UUAAUAAGAUAUACGCACAGUGAUUCCGCGGUGUGUAUCAUAGUCACUGAUUUCGUCUUUCUGAAGAGCGAUAUCUGACUGCACCACUUACUAAAUGAAUCCCCUCCCGAGGAUGGAGUUUGGGGAAAGGAAGAGGAAAAGGAAGUCGCAGAGCUUUAAACUGGUCACAGAUGAAGAUUGUGACCCUUCACAUACGGUGAAUUCCAGCUGCAAAGAUGCCAAUGGUGAAACUAAGGAUGCUGCUGUGCCUGAUGUUUGGCUAGGUGAUGAGGGCAUGGAGAUCAAAAGGCAAAUCACAGGAAUGAUGAGGCUUCUGAGCGAUAAGACUGGUAGGGUUUAUCAGCGUGUUGGAACAGAGCCGGGCAGCUCAACAUCAGAGCUCCAGGAUAGGCACCUGAGUUGGGUGCAUCAACCUCCAGUCCUAUCUCUUGUAUCAGAAGACCACCAAAGCAGCAACUGGAGCUCCACAGGGGACCUAGAGCCUCCACCUUCAACCAUAUCCAGACCAAUUCACAAUGGACCAGGCUGUGGACAGUACAGCACCUGCUCCAGAACCCUGAAGAUCCUCAACACAAAGGACUUAAUCAGAGCCAAUGAAAGAAAUGCAGAUGUGCUCAUCCCUGCUGUGCAAGAAACCCCCUGCUGUAUGUGUAACUGUAAGGGCACCUUGCAGGCUAUACUGUAUGAGCUGCGUACCAUGAGAAGGCUGAUGCAGACUCAGAAAGCAUCCUUUGGAAGGCAGGAACAGACAGCAUCACCAUGCCAACCUCGCCUUGGUCCAAGCUCAACUUCUCGCCAUAUGCCCCGAAAGAGGAGGCCUGUCUAUAAGGUGGCUCAGCUUAGUGUAUCCAGCACUAGAAGAGCUGCUCUUUCCACUGAAGGAACAUCAACACUUAAAGCUGCACCUACAGAAUCAGAAAAAAGGGAGGAAUGUGAGAAACUAGACUCAUCUACAGCCAAUGUGCAUCCCAUUUCUUGUGAUGUUUCUACGUUCCCAGCUCAGAACGAUCCAGUAGCACAAUCCACACUCAAUCCGCUUCUGAACCAAUUCCAGGAAUCUCAGGCAUUAGAGUCUGAGGUGCGCCUUGCAGAGGAUUAUGAUGUGUUUAUCUCAAAGGCUCAACUAGACUCCAUUCUGGUCAACUAUACUCGCUCGGGUAGCCUGUUAUUCCGCAAACUGGUAUGUGCCUUCUUUGAUGAUGCUACCUUGGCUAACUCAUUGCCAAAUGGUAAAAGGAAGAGAGGGCUCAAUGAUAAUCGCAAGGGCUUGGACCAGAACAUAGUGGGUGCCAUUAAGGUGUUUACAGAGAAAUACUGCACUGAACACAGAAUAGAGAAGUUGCCUGGUCCACGAGACUGGGUGCAGAUCCUUCAAGAUCAGAUUAAACUUGCGAGACGGAGGCUGAAAAGAGAUGCUGUAGAAGUGGAGGAAAACUCAAACGAACUAUCCACAAGUUGUGAUUAUAACAAGCCUGCAAGUGUGGAACAGACGGCGAUGAACAUGACUGGUUGAUUCAACAUUUGCCACAAUAACCUUGCAGCACAUUAGUUGUCUUUCUCUCUGAGUCAAUUUCCUUUGCAACUGUGAACAGUUAUGUGCAGUGGAUAUAAAGGCAAAAAACAGAAUCAAAAUAAU